GCUCCCAUUGUCUCGGCAGAUGCCGCCUGGUCCAGCUAUCGUGCUCUGUGUUCAGUUUUCGGGGGUCGCGCUCUUUCUCUGGCCCGCGGAACGGUCCCGCGGCCGAAAACCGGAUUCCCGAGUUUGGGCGGCUCUUCUUUCCUCUUUAGGACCCACUUUGCUGUCCCAAGGUGGCUGCAGCUAUGUCCGCGCUGCGACCUCUCCUGCUUCUGCUGCUGCCUCUGUGUCCCGGUCCUGGUCCCGGACCCGGGAGCGAGGCAAAGGUCACCCGGAGUUGUGCAGAGACCCGGCAGGUGCUGGGGGCCCGGGGAUAUAGCUUAAACCUAAUCCCUCCCGCCCUGAUCUCAGGUGAGCACCUCCAGGUCUGUCCCCAGGAGUAUACCUGCUGUUCCAGUGAGACAGAGCAGAGGCUGAUCAGGGAGACUGAGGCCACCUUCCGAGGCCUGGUGGAGGACAGCGGCUCCUUCAUGGUUCACACACUGGCUGUCCGGCACAGAAAAUUUGAUGAGUUUUUUCUGGAGAUGCUUUCAGUAGCCCAGCACUCCCUGACCCAGCUCUUCUCCCACUCCUACGGCCGCCUGUAUGCCCAGCACGCCCUCAUAUUCAAUGGCCUGUUCUCCCGGCUGCGGGACUUCUAUGGGGAGUCUGGUGAGGGGUUGGAUGACGCCUUGGCGGAUUUCUGGGCACAGCUCCUGGAGAGAGUGUUCCCCCUGCUGCACCCACAGUACAGCUUCCCCCCUGACUACCUGCUCUGCCUCUCACGCCUCGCCUCCUCUACUGAUGGCUCUCUGCAGCCCUUCGGGGACUCACCCCGCCGCCUCCGCCUGCAGAUAACCCGGACCCUUGUGGCUGCCCGGGCCUUUGUCCGGGGCCUGGAGACUGGAAGAGAAGUGGUCAGUGAGGCGCUUAAGGUGCCGGUGUUUGGAGGUUGCAGCCAGGCUCUGAUGCGUCUGAUUGGCUGCCCCCUUUGUCGGGGGGUCCCCUCACUUAUGCCCUGCCAGGGCUUCUGCCUCAACGUGGUUCGUGGCUGUCUCAGCAACAGGGGACUGGAGCCUGAGUGGGGCAGCUAUCUGGAUGCUCUCCUGCUCCUGGCUGAGAAGCUCCAGGGUCCCUUUUCCUUUGAACUGGCGGCUGAGUCUAUUGGAGUGAAGAUCUCAGAGGGUUUGAUGUUUCUGCAGGAAAACAGCGUGAAGGUGUCAGCCCAGGUGUUUCAGGAAUGCGGCCCUCCUCACCCGGUGCCGGCCCGUAACCGCCGAGCCCCUGCGCCCCGGGAAGAGGCGGGCCGGCUGUGGACGCUGGUGGCCGAGGAGGAGCGGCCCACCACGGCAGCGGGCACCAACAUGCACCGGCUGGUAUGGGAGCUCCGCGAGCGGCUGGCCAGGAUGCGGGGCUUCUGGGCCCGGCUGUCCCUGACGGUGUGCGGAGAUUCCCGCAUGGCAGCGGACGUCUCGCAGGAGGCGGCGCCCUGCUGGACCGGGGCCGGGCGGGGCAGGUACUUGCCGCCCGUAGUCGGGGGCUCCCCGGCCGAGCAACUCAGCAACCCCGAGGUGCAGGUGGAUGUCUCGGGCCCCGACGUACCGACACGGCGGCGGCGGCUGCAGCUCCGGGCAGCCACGGCCAGGAUGAAGGCGGCCGCGCUUGGGCACGACCUGGACGGGCUGGACGCGGAUGAAGACGCCAGUGGCUCUGGAGGGGGACAGCAGUAUGCAGAUGACUGGAUGGCUGGGGCAGCAGCUGUGGCCCCCCCAGUCCGGCCUCCUCGGCCUCCGUACCCUCCUCGAAGGGACGGUUCCGGGGGCAGAGGAGGUGGCAGUGCCCGAUACAAUCAGGGCCGGAGCAGGAGUGGGGGGGUGUCUGUUGGUUUUCACACCCAACCCAUCUUUGUUCUCUCCCUCUCAGCCCUAUCCCUGCUUGGACCUCGAUAACAGGGGAGGGGCGCCCUAGCAUCAGAAGGGUUCGUGGCCAUUUCCCCUCCUCCCCCCUCAGCUGGGUCUGGGGAGGAGUAGGAAGGGGCUACAGAAAGGGUGAAGGGACUUCGCAGGUGAAUGGCUGGGGCCCCAAAUCCAGGAGAUUCCCAUUGUGGGAUUGGGGGUGGGUGGGUGUUCACAAUAUUUAUUUUUUCAUUUGGUAACUGGGGAGGGGGGCCCUGGGGGUAUUUAUUUAGGAGGGAGUGUGGUCUCCUUAGAGAGUGUGGCCUCCAGUCCUCUAAAGCUGGGGCUGAUGAUCAACCAACAAGGGAGAAAGGGAGGAGUUUUAGAGUUGCAUAGGCGAUGGGGCUUGAAGGAAGUUAGAAGUGGGGAGGGGUGGAACUCUAAUGGGGUGGGGGCACCUGGUCUCAAAAGGACAAAGCCAGGCACUGACAGGGUGCAGGGCAGGGGACUGGGGGUAUGUGAGUAGGAUGUGAGGUUCAGUGGGCCUGGGUUCUGUUGAGUUUUUUCAGUAUCCAUUUCUUAAAUGAAAAUAAAAAAAUACCUCAUCUCAUUAUCUCUGUCAUCCACGUCCUUCACAAACUCCAAGUUUCAUGUUUCAGUGUUUGAAUCAGUGUUCAGUGUUUAUUCUGCAAAUAAAUGGUAAUUUAUUGGA